AUGGCUGCCAUGGCGGGGGCGCCCAGGGUCAGGUCCCUCAACAUCGCGGCGCCGGAGGCUGACGCGAGGCCAGUGCUGGUGCCGGGGGGCAACAAGGCCCCGGCGUCUGCGCGGAAGCCUUCCCCCAAGCCGCUGCGGAAGGCGCCGGAGGCCACGCCGGAGAAGCCUCCGCCCCCCGCUGCCGCGGCCAAGGGGGAUGGGGAUGGCCCGAAGAAGGAGGAGGCGGCCGCCACCGCUGGCGGCGACGGCUGCGCGAGGAAGGGGGGCUCAUCUCCCUUGCCCUCGCCGAGGCGGACCCCGCCGAGGAAGCCGCAGGAUGCGCCGGCGGUGAACCUCAACGCGUCCUGCUCCUCGGAGGCCUCCGUGGAGUCGCUCCGCGGCCCGGCCUCCGGCGGGAGGACGGAGAGGAGCUGGUCCCGGCCGGCCGCGUCCAAGCGUGGGAAGGCUGCUUGUAAUGUGGUGGAGAAGCAUGCCGAUGUGCUGGAGGUUGUCGCUCCGGUGACGCCGGAGGCCGUCCAAGGGAAGAGCCGGUGCGCCUGGGUGACUCGGACCACCGAUCCUCACUAUGUCACUUUCCAUGAUGAGGAAUGGGGGGUUCCAGUUCACGACGACAGGAGAUUGUUUGAGCUACUUGUAUUAUCUGGUGCAUUAGCAGAACUAUCAUGGCCUGAAAUUCUCAAGAAGAGACAAAUUUUCAGGGAAAUUUUCAUGAACUUCGAUCUGAUUGCUGUCUCCAAUAUAAACGAAAAGAAGCUGGUAGCGCCAGGAAGCAUUGCCAGGUCCAUUUUGUCAGAGCAAAAGCUGCGAGCAGUCCUCGAAAACGCUCGUCAGAUAGUUAAGAUUGCAGAUGAAUUUGGAUCCUUCAGUCAGUACUGCUGGGGUUUUCUGAACCACAAACCGGUAGUAAGCAAAAUCCGAUAUCCAAGGCAAGUCCCUGUCAAGAGUCCCAAGGCAGACAUGAUGAGCAAGGACAUGGUGCGAAGGGGACUCCGAGGCGUGGGCCCAACGGUCAUAUAUUCCUUCAUGCAGGCAGCAGGGCUAACCAAUGAUCACCUGGUCAGUUGCUUCCGUUUCAAAGAAUGCAAGCCGUCUCCAAGCCUUGCCAUGAGCGACGCCGACAGGGCGAAGACAGAGGCAGAACAAAAAUUGGAGGAGCCGAGAACAAAAGCCCACGGGGAGGAGAUGACCGUAAACUCGGACCCGUCGAUGGCGAUCGACACGCUCACCAUUUCGUAG